CAAAGUCUCUUAUUCUCUCCCUCCUCCGCGUCUUCCUCGAAUCGCCGAUCGCCGGCUUCUCCCAGCGACGAUGACGCACGGUGAUACGAUACCCUUCCACCAUUCUUCCGCCCAGUCCGACAUCGAUGAGAUCGAGGACCUCAUCAACUCCGGCUCCUUCUCCGCCACCGUCCUCCCUGCGCGACCCCCUAGCCCUCCCCGUGCCUCCAUCCCCGUCUCCCAUUCCUUCAUCCCCUCUGGCCCCCAUCCACCUUCCGCCUACCAGAAGCUGCCCCCCGCCAUGUUCUCCUCACCUCCUCAGCCUCCGCCGCUCCCCUCCUCCUCCCCUGUUUCCCGAUCGGGUGGGGGUUUCUCCUCCGAGGGUUUCGGGUCGCCGCCUGACACCCUCACGGAGCCCGUGUGGGACACGGUGAAGCGGGAUCUGACGCGGAUCGUGAGCAAUCUGAAGUUGGUGGUGUUCCCCAACCCUUUCAGAGAGGAUCCGGGAAAAGCGCUGAGGGAUUGGGAUCUUUGGGGGCCAUUCUUCUUCAUCAUCUUUCUCGGGCUCGUGCUCUCUUGGUCGGCGUCCGUGAAGAAGUCCCAAGUCUUUGCUGUUGCAUUUGCUGUCCUUGCUGCUGGCGCUGUAAUUCUGACACUGAAUGUUUUGCUUCUGGGUGGACAAAUCAUCUUCUUUCAGAGUUUGAGUCUUCUUGGCUACUGUCUCUUUCCUUUGGAUGUCGGAGCUCUAAUCUGUCUGCUGAAACAUAACAUCAUGAUCAAAAUAAUUGUGGUCUUAAUAACUUUGUCAUGGAGUUCAUGGGCAGCAUAUCCCUUCAUGAGCGCAGCUGUUAAUCCGAGAAGAAAAGCUUUAGCUCUGUAUCCUGUUUUCCUAAUGUAUAUUUCAGUUGGCUUCUUCAUCAUUGCGAUAGAUUAAGCAAUCAACAGACAGCAGGUGGUGUGUUCAACAAAGUUUUGUACUUCAAAUUCCAUGGUGUCUUCAUACAAAUUUGCAACUGAUCAACAGGUGGUGUCUUCAACACAGUUUUGGACUUCCAAAUUCCAUGGAAUAACUCUUUUGUACUCAGGACUUCUACUAGUGAUUUUUGAACCUGAACCGGUUCCCAAUUUUUCCUGCUGAACCAGCCCAAAAUUCGGUUCUAGCGGGUAGUACCCUUUUACUAAUAGAAUUAAAUGUUUUGACCUCCAGUUCUUGGUCUAAAUUGAUCCAAGGGAUUGGCCUACUUUAGUCCACAAGCCUUUUUCUACUAAACUUGUUUGCUUUCUAAAAGACCUAAUACCGGGUCGUCCCGUUGAUACCCCAAAAAAAUAAAAAUGUUGCCUAAAGAGUAACUCGUGUGCUUGAAAUAUUUGCUUUGUUGUUCUUGGCAUUAGCCUUUUAUGAUUUUUGAAGAUGAAAAUAAAAUGUUGUGCAUUUGUUCUCCUUUAUUUCGUCACGGAGUCGUUUAGGAGGCUUAUAUGAUUUUUGAGCUGACGAAUAUAUCUCUCAGCUGAUAUACUUUUUGUAUUUUUUAAUUUAA